CUGGAAUAAAGCUGCUGAACUGUUUCAGGAAUCUCAAUUAAGUGUUUAGCAAUAGUUAGGAAAUUAAUGUACACAUCGAUCACAUUGGCCUUACAUGUAGGAAGUCUCGUAUUAUUUUUUGUGUAUUAUGCUCUAGUUUUAAUGCCAUAUGGACUUGAGAGCUAUGCAGGACAUUCGUGAUAAUACCCUCAUCAGCACUUCCAACAGCAACCAUGUUACGGUUCUGUCCAACACGAAAAUGCCCCGCAAUUUUAAACUAUUAGCUGAUCCGCAGUUGGUAAAAUGUAGCGCCAGACUAUACCGUUACGAUGGCGUUGUGCCCGGAGACCCGGCCUAUUCAACAAUAACACCAAGGGAUCCGCGGAAUCCACUAACUCGCAUACGUGCCAGGCCAGUUGAUCCACUUUUACUUCGUAUUCCUAGAUUUGUCAUUGAUUCAGACUAUGUGGGGCAGCCACCUGCAAUCGAAGUUACUCUGGUUAAUUUAAAUGAUAACAUCGACAAGCAGUUUCUUUCUAACAUGUUGGACAAGUGUGGUACCUCCGAUGAAAUAAAUAUUUACCAUCAUCCAACUACAAAUAAACAUAUGGGUAUUGCUCGUAUAGUGUUUGAAAGUACAAAGGGAGCAAGGCAGUUUGUUGAGAAAUACAAUCAAAAAUCGGUAAUGGGAAAGGUCUUAAAUGUGUUUUGCGACCCUUUUGGUAUAAUUUUAAAGAAAACGCUUCAUAAUCUUACAAAUCCUAUUGUGGCAAAACCAUUGAAAGGAAUUAAAAUGACGCAACAGUCGACUUUAAUGCAUGUUGCUACCCAAGAUGACGAAUUUAGCCGAAUGGAAAACAAAGCUGGAAAUCUAGUAAAAUGUGCAUACACCUCCUUUCAAAGUGAAAUAGAAGAGCGCGCACGGGAUCGAAACUGGGAUCGCGAUAAGGAAAGGGAAAGAGAUCGCCACUUUAAGGAUAGGAGUCGACGCUCAGAAGAGCAAAGUUAUGAUCGUGAAAUGCGAGAAAAGUACCAAACCUCUGUAAGACAUGAACGUAAUAUCUACCGUCGGCGCUCUAGAGAUAUAAGCCCAGAAAUUCUGCGUAAUAGAUUGUUCAUGACAAAGGAAAGAGUUAGAGACCCAGAUUCACUUCCGCGCGAGUAUUGUCGUUCCAGGGAACGAGAUUCAUUUCGUGAAUCUAAAAGGUCUCGUGACAAAUGCCGAGACCAAUUCAGAGAAAAAAGAGGACAUCGUUAUAAUUCAUCAAAAGAUCGAGAUUAUCGCGAAAAAGAAAUCGAUCUUAACAACCAUAGGUAUUCUAAGCGCGGUUCCCUACAUGAAUAUGCAGAGACUGAUGUUAGAAGCUCAACAAACACAAAAAAACAAUACUAUUCCGGACUUUCAGGUUCCAGUUUGUCUGAUGAAAGUUACGGAUUUAAUAAUUAUUCUUACUCUUCGAUCGAAAAUGUUCAGACAUGGCCAGACCAUACAAGAUGGACAGCUCCACAGUCAAACCUCCAGCCUUUUCUGCCUCCUCCACCACCUCCAGAAGAGGAAGAAAAUUGGGAUAAUGAACUUGAUUCAAAAUUAACUACGCAAUGCGCCAAUGAAAAACUUCAAUCGCCAAAGGCAACAAAUAUAAAUUAUGUGUCUACAAUCAAGACGGCGACAGAAUCGAAUUUCGAACCAGGGAACGUAGAUUUAGAUACUCGGAUAGCCUUAAUAUUUAAAGGAAAGACGUUUGGUAAUGCACCACCCUUUCUUCAAAUGGAUAGUAGCGACUCGGACACAGAUAAAAAACAGGAUGUGUUCUUUGACAAUAAUUCCGAUUCAAACAAGUCAGACAAGAAAAUAAAGUCGCUCGAAAGAAAUAUGAAAUCUUUAAAACAACCAAAUGGAGCAAGUGAUAUAUCAAGUGACGAAGAAAUAUUAAUGAGAAAGGACAGGUCUAAAAACAUUUUUACAAGUGAAAAAGAAAAAAAUGAUGACAAUAUGUCUUUAUCAAGUUUAUCUUCCCAUGAGGAUCCUAUCCAGAGUGUAUUGGCUUUAGAAGAUGAGGAAUAUAAGAGACCCAUUGUGACGUCGUCUUACAUGUAUCCAAAUUCUUCAGAUCAAAAUCAUUUGUAUUACCAUUCCUCUAGCUAUGGACAUUAUCCUUCCGGUAUACCGCCCGACUCUUCUUUUACUAGCCGAUUUGCUGCCUACAUACAGUCCGAUUACUUAAAAGGCGUGGGCUCAUUUCAUUUUGAUUCGUUUGCUGAGCCCUAUGACUACCAUAUGAAUAAUGUUUCGGACCAGAAUGAUGGGAUUCCCCUAAAGGUCAAAAAGGUUAUAAACUAUAUUGUCGAAGAGCUCAAGCAGAUAUUAAAAAGAGAUGUAAAUAAACGCAUGAUAGAAAUAACGGCAUUUAAACAUUUCGAGACAUGGUGGGACGAGCAUACAUUAAAGUUUAGAUCAAAACCCCUAGCCGAUAUUGCAGAUUCAACCACUUCAAAUUUCAUCAAAGAAACUACACAUAACGAGAAGCCACCUGACAUUAAUCAUUUAAUUAAUACGCAACGGGAAAUCACAGAUUUUCAAACGUUCUCAAGUGUAAGUUUAAGGGCGGCAAUGCCUAAGUUACCAUCGUUCCGGCGAAUAAGGAAAUUGUCUAGUCCUAUUCCAGACCUAGGAACUUUUUUGGAAAGAGAUCUGAGUGACCAAGAGGAAAUGGUACAACGUUCAGACUCAGAAAAGGAAGAUUCUAAUAUGGGAAGCUCUGAUACGACAGCCCGCUCAAAUUCAAAGAAUGAAGUUUCAAACCAUGACUCUGAUACAAAACCGCAGAUAAUAGGCCUUAAUUCAAAACGAAAAGGCAGUGCUUCAAGCUUUUUUUCCUCUUCUUCCUCAUCUAGUGAGUAUGAAGGCGACAAAUGUGGUGAAAAAGAAAGGACGAGUGAGGAAGAUAUUCAAGAGAAACAUAAUCAAAAAAAUCACCACCUACGGAAAAAAAAUAUUAAGAAAAGAAACCGGGGGAUUUUAAGAGAUAAUGAAAGAAACGUAUUUACGGACUCCGAUGAGUACAUGAAACACGACAUAAAACAGCGAACAAAAAUUAGUAACAUUUAUUCGGAUACUGAUGAAGAAAAUGAAGAUACUAAAUUAAAGAAUUUGUUGCCUUCGUUACAAGAAAACAAAAUUUCAUCUAUUCCUUCUGAUCUCGAAGAUAUAAGUAAAGAUAGUUGCUGCGAAUUGGGCGAGAACGAUAUAGAACCCACUUAUAUAUCAGAGCAACAAAGUUCGCCAAAAACAAAUGAAGAGCGUCGUCGCUCUCUUACACCUGUUCCGCCACCGGGCUACAAUGAAGAGGACAUACAAACGAUAACUGAGUGUAAACGAAAGUCAGUUUUUGAGUACGAUAGAAUUUACAGCGACUCUGAAGAAGAGCGAGAGUAUCAGGAAAAAAGAAGAAGGAAUACUGAGUACAUGGCCCAAAUUGAAAGAGAAUUUUUAGAGGAACAAGAGAAAAAAUUCGAAGCUGUUUUGGAUAAAAAAUUGCCAUUGUCUAAUCCUGUAUCAGAAAACAGAAUGUCCUCAAUUUAUAUGAAUGAAGGUACAUCUACCUUGCAAAUUAAUUCAGGCUUCACAACUUUAAAUAAUAAUAUAAACAUUGAAACCGAUAAGGAUGACGAAUCGGACGCCAAUAAAAAUACUGACAUAGUUUUAAAUGGCUGCUAUCAAAUCUGCGAAAAUUCAAAGAACGAAACAAAAAUAUUUCAAUCACCAGCUUCUUCAGAUGGUGGUUCCAGCCAAGCAUCGCAGGCUAGUCAGGUUGCCCUAGAACAUUGUUAUUCGUUGCCGCCCGACUCUCAGAUAGUUCCCUUCGGAGCUAUUUCACCUGGACCCUUACACGAUAGUAAGACUAUGUUGGAUCGCAAAUCGGAUGACAUUAUAAUUGUUGAUCAAAUAUCUAAGUCAGGGCCAGGUAGACCUCGAAAGGAUACUAUUCGUUCUCAAAGAAAAAAGAAAGAUUCAAUCUCGCGGAUGCCUAACGUGAAGAAUAAAAUAGCCCCAAUUAAAGAUCUUAUGACCGAACUGGCACGGAAAGCUGUACAUUUUGUACCGUGUGAGGUGUUUAAAGCUCGUGAUCAGAAUGAGGAAAUGGUUAUUUUAUACACAUUUCUAACUAAAGGCAUCGAUUCAGAAGAUAUUAACUUCAUAAAAAUGAGCUAUUCGGACCAUUUACAAAAGGAGCCAUACGCUAUGUUUUUAAACAACACCCAUUGGAUUGAUCACUGUACAACAGACAGAGCCUUUUGGCCACCACCACAGAAAAAACGUAGAAAAGAUGAUGAACUAUUGCGUCAUAAAACUGGAUGUGCUCGAACUGAAGGUUUUUAUAAAUUGGAUUUACGGGAAAAGGCUAAACACAAGUACCAUCAUGCUAAAGCCAAUACUGAAGAUUCCCAUAGUGAAGACCGAAGUGAUGAACCUACAGCACUUACUAAUCACCACCAUAAUAAACUAAUAUCCAAAAUGCAAGGUAUUUCCCGCGAAGCGCGCUCAAACCAACGCAGACUUUUGACAGCUUUUGGUUCGAUGGGUGAGUCCGAGCUUCUAAAAUUUAAUCAGCUCAAGUUUCGGAAAAAACAACUUAAGUUUGCGAAAUCUGCAAUACAUGACUGGGGAUUAUUUGCAAUGGAGCCUAUAGCUGCAGACGAAAUGGUUAUUGAAUACGUUGGUCAAAUGAUUAGACCCGUUGUUGCAGAUCUAAGGGAAACAAAGUACGAAGCAAUUGGAAUUGGCAGUUCCUAUUUGUUUCGAAUAGACAUGGAAACUAUAAUCGAUGCUACCAAGUGUGGAAACUUGGCACGAUUUAUAAAUCACAGUUGCAAUCCGAAUUGUUAUGCAAAGGUCAUUACAAUUGAGUCUGAAAAGAAGAUAGUUAUAUAUUCAAAGCAACCAAUUGGAAUCAACGAGGAAAUUACGUACGAUUAUAAAUUUCCAUUGGAAGAAGAAAAAAUACCUUGCUUAUGUGGUGCUCAAGGAUGUCGGGGUACACUUAAUUAAAGCUAAUUUAUAUCUAAUCUUACAAAAUUUUUAAUUAUAAAUUAAAUAUUUUGGAGGACGUAAAUUAAGUUGUAUAUAUACCCAAACCGGGUGCUCGUGUAAAUAAAAACAAAACUAAAAUAGCUCUUAGUUAAAAUUUGGUAGCCAAUUAAAUAAUUUUAUUACAAUCAACAAAA